GCGACGACAACAAAGGGCGGCGGGCGGCCGGCGGCGGUGACCGAGUCUCCCGGUGCUUCCCUCAGGUCACGCGCGCCGGCCCCCGCCUGCCCUACUCCAGAUGAAGUGUGAGCACUGCACGCGGAAGGAAUGUAGUAAGAAAACAAAAACCGAUGACCAAGAGAAUGCAUCUGUCGAGGUACCGAGUCCAGCCCAGGAGAAUGGAGAGAAGGGAGAAUUCCAUAAGUUGGCAGAUGCUAAGAUAUUUCUGAGUGACUGCCUGGCGUGUGACAGUUGUGUGACCGCAGAGGAAGGAGUCCAAGUUUCCCAGCAGAACGCCAAGGACUUCUUCCGCGUUCUGAACCUUAAUAAGAAAUGUGAUACCUCAAAGCACAAGGUGCUGGCAGUGUCCGUGUGUCCUCAUUCUCUGCCUUAUUUUGCUGCUAAAUUCAGCCUCAGUGUCCCUGAUGCAUCCAGAAGGCUCUGUGGCUUCCUCAAAAGCCUUGCCGGCUCGGUGCACAGCACCACCAGAGCAAGGCGGAGCUGCGAGCCUGGACUUGACAAGUUAAUCCUUCCACUGUCUGAAAAAGCCCCAGGGGUGCACUAUGUCUUCGACAUGACAAUAGCUGCAGAUUUCAGCAUCCUGGAGAGUCAGAAAGAAUUCGUGCGUCGGUACCACCAGCACAGUGAGGAGGAGCCCACGUUACCCAUGCUGACCUCCGCCUGUCCCGGCUGGGUCCGAUAUGCGGAGCGGGUGCUAGGUCACCCAAUCACGCCCCACCUCUGCACUGCCAAGUCUCCCCAGCAGAUCAUGGGCUCUCUGGUGAAGGAUUACUUUGCCAGACGUCAGAACCUGUCACCAGACAAGAUUUUCCACGUCAUUGUGGCCCCGUGUUAUGACAAGAAACUGGAGGCCCUUCGAGAAGAUGUUCCCACAGCUUUGCAUAGUUCCCGGGGUGCUGACUGCGUGUUAACCUCAGGUGAAAUUGUUCAGAUAAUGGAGCAGAGCGACCUCUCAGUGAAAGAUGCUGCCGUGGACACUCUGUUUGGAGACCAGAAGGAGGAGGAGGUGAGGUGCCAUGAUGGCACCAGCUCCGACGGGUACCUGGCACACAUCUUCAGACACGCGGCCAAGGAGCUGUUCAAUGAGGACGUGGGGGCAGUCACCUACCGAACGCUGAGGAACAAAGACUUCCGGGAGGUCACCCUGGAGAAGAACGGAGAGGUUCUGCUACGCUUUGCUGCUGCGUACGGCUUUCGAAACAUCCAGAAUGUGGUCCUAAAGCUGAAGAAGGGCAAGUUCCCAUACCACUUCGUGGAGGUCCUUGCCUGUGCUGGGGGAUGCUUAAGUGGCAGGGGCCAAGCGCACACAGAGGAUGGGCGUGUGGACAGGGCGCUCUUGCGGCAGAUGGAAGGCGUCUGCGCUGCCACCCCUGCACAGCCCCCUGAGACCAGCGCCCAGGUGCAGGGGCUGUACCAGGAGUGGCUGGGUGGGGCCGACUCUCCCACGGUCCAGGCUGCUCUGCACACCGCCUACCAGGGCCCGGGGCAGCCCGCCAGCAGCCGGGACAUCAAGUGGUAAAGGCCCAGCAGACGGGGCCAUAGGCUGCCUGAAGAGGGAGGGUGUCAGGGGUGCGUGAAGACAAAGCUCAUCUUCUCUUUCAUCGCUUCGGUUCUCAGAACCGCUGCUGCCAUCCUGACGGCUCCCUCGCUCCGAUGGGCACUGUCUUUGCCAUGUGUGCACUGGAAUAUGCACCUGAGAGGAGUGCCCCAGUGUAUGUUCCCUUCUAUCCUGAGAUGAGAAGAAACCCAAAGAACAAGAAUGGAGACAGACUGCUGUCUUCUAGGCUUAAAAAAAUCCAAAAGUGUCCUGCGAAGAGCUAAGACCUGGUUCUGGUUCACGUGCCCCAGAGAGAUCAGAUGUGGAAAUGACAUGGCAGGUGGGCUGCAGGGUCACAGGGCCACAGACCUGCUUGCCCAGUUUGGACUGUGACUACCCAUUUACGUUACUCUUGAAGAUGUCUUUGCCACAACGUGAAUAAACCACCACCUUUUGGCAUCGAGCUCAUACAAAAGUCUGCAUUUCCACCUUUUCUUGGAAUGAAUCUACAUUCUGGCAGCAGUGACCACAUUCCUGAGACCAGGUCCUGCACUGGGGAUUGGUGGGCACUGUAGAUGAGGCCCCACAUGUGCCCUUUUACAUUCAGGGUUUGAGCUCAACUCACCUUGUGGGUAGGCCUGUCAAUGGUGAUCGGUAUUACAGAUGAGGAUGGAGGAUAGAAAGGCAGACGCUCUAUUCAGUCCAUACCUGGGUGGGGUCGGGCAGGUGAAGGCUGGCCAACCCAAUCCAUGGUUGGGCUAGACUGUUCUCUUGUGCUGCCCCUCACAGCGGGCUGGCUGCUCCCCUCGGCUCCAGGCAGCUCUGCGCUCCACGACAGCACUCCCGCCUGGCGCGCACUGCCCGUGGGCUCGCCUUACGUGAGAAGGAAGAGAGGGCAGUUCGCACACAACUGCACAGAAAGGGCUGACGACUACCCACAGAACCCUGAACUCGGCACAUCAGGGCCCAUCCUGUGAAGUGAGGCACCUGUGACCGGCCUAGAGUUGGCUUCUCAAAGCACUUGGAUUUUGUUAACUUAGGGUGUCAUUCUUUUUGAACCCCUCAGCCUGUUAGAUUUCCCUCAUUGAUUUGUCAUUGUACCUGCGUACCCAUCUGAGUUCAUAACUGGGGUAUUGUGUGAAAUUACAUAUUUUUUGCUUUCAAUCUGUUUACAGUGGGGUUUCAUUCUCUGGUAACUGAUUAUGGAA